GACACUGGCAGAUUAAAGCUCUCUGAUGGGGAAGGGCUUAAAGGCUGAGUCAAAAGCCAAGAAGUCUCUUUAUUUAUGCCUACCUCCCAGCCCUUGGCAAUCUGACUAAUAACAAACUGAGCUAACAAGAAAGACUAGAAAGAGAGGAAAGAGAACCUAGCUGCAGCUCGGAUCUGAAGCCCAAGAAAGCCAGAGUGAUCAAUUCAAGCUCUGUUUAACAUCUUGUUUAUUUACUGCUUUCGGAAGCUUGCAAAUGGUUAACUAUAUGCAGAAAAAGUCAGCAUAGCUGGGAAGUAUGCUGUGAAUUUUAAUUGAGGAAAAAGGGCAACUGCUUCAGGAUGGUGGGGCAUGGACUGUGCCUGACAGCUUUUCAGUAAAAUGUUCUGCGUUUUGUCUCUUGACCUGGAGUUUUCACUUUGCGAUGCUGCAGCUAUGUCUGGACUUGCAGGAAAGUGAAAUCUUUUCCAACUGUGCAUUUUGUUACUGACAGUGUCAGAAGUGUCUGCUGUACAGAAUCAGAACCCAUUGGACAACAACAUGAAGCUUUGGAUUCAUCUACUAUAUUCAGCUUUGAUUGCCUCAGCUUCUAUACAGUCUCCACCUGCAUUGUCACCAGUUAGAGGAUCUUGUGAUUCUCUGUGCUCAUGUGAGGAAAAGGAUGGUUUACUGCUUAUAAAUUGUGAGAAAAGAGGCAUCAAGACUUUAUCACAAAUAAAUGUGCCACCAUCAAGACCUUUCCAUCUAUUUUUAGUAAACAAUGGAUUGACUACACUACACACAAAUGACUUUUCCAGUCUUAACAAUGCCAUCUUAAUACAUCUUGGAUUUAAUAAUAUUGUGGAUAUUGAGCCUGGUGCAUUUAAUGGUCUUGGCCUUCUGAAGCAGCUUCAUAUUAAUCAUAACUCUUUAGAAAUUCUAAAAGAAGAUACUUUUCAUGGUUUAGAGAACCUGGAAUUUCUUCAAGCAGAUAACAAUUUUAUCACAGUGAUUGAACCAAGUGCCUUUAGCAAGCUUCAUAGACUAAAAGUCUUAAUUUUAAAUGAUAAUGCCAUUGAGUUUCUUCCUCCAAAUAUAUUUCGCUUUGUCCCAUUGACCCAUCUGGACCUCCGUGGGAAUCAGUUACAAACAUUGCCAUAUGUUGGCUUUUUGGAACACAUUGGUAGGAUACUGGACCUCCAGUUGGAAGACAAUAAAUGGGUCUGCAAUUGUGACUUGUUGCAGUUAAAGACAUGGUUGGAAAAUAUGCCUCCCCAGUCUAUCAUUGGUGAUGUUGUUUGCAGCAGCCCCCCAUUUGUCAAAGGAAGUGUUCUAAGUAGACUCAAAAAGGAAUCUAUCUGUCCCACACCUCCAGUACAUGAAGAAUAUGAGGAUCCUUCCGGCUCAUUACACCUAGUAGUGACCUCUUCUAUAAAUGACGGUCAUAUAUCAACCAAGAUGACAUCUAUUUUAAAAAGUCCCACCAAGGUACCAGGUUUUGUACCUUAUGCUACAAAGCCAUCUACUCCAAUUCCAGGGCCUUAUUGUCCUAUUCCUUGUAAUUGCAAAGUCCUUACCCCAUCAGGACUUUUAAUUCAUUGCCAGGAACGAAAUAUUGAAAGUUUAUCGGACUUAAGGCCUCCUCCCCAAAAUCCUAAAAAACUUAUUUUAGCAGGCAAUAUUAUUCAAACUGUAAUGAAAUCUGACCUGGUGGAAUAUUCUACUUUGGAAAUGCUUCACUUGGGAAACAACCGUAUUGAAGUUCUUGAAGAAGGAUCCUUCAUGAAUCUCACCAGAUUGCAGAAGCUCUAUCUAAAUGGUAACCAUCUGAUCAAGUUAAAGCGGGGUUUAUUCCUAGGGCUCCAGAAUCUUGAAUAUCUAUAUCUUGAGUAUAAUGCAAUCAAGGAAAUACUACCUGGGACUUUUAAUACAAUGCCCAAACUUAAAGUCCUCUAUUUGAAUAACAAUCUUCUCCAAACUUUACCACCUCACAUUUUUUUAGGAGUUCCUUUAACCAGGAUAAACCUCAAAACAAACCAGUUUGCACAUUUGCCCGUGAGUAAUGUCUUAGAUGAACUGGAUUUCUUGAUCCAGAUUGAGCUUGAGGAUAAUCCCUGGGACUGUUCUUGUGAUUUAGUUGGGUUACAGCAGUGGAUUCAAAAACUAAGCAAAGAUGUUGUGACUGAUGAUGUUCUCUGCACGUCCCCAGAGCAUCUAGAUAAAAAAGAUUUAAAGUCAUUGAAUAGUGAACUUUUGUGUCCAGGCCUAAUUAAUAGCCCAUCCCAACAAACCCAUCCUAGUUUUAUAAUUGUUACUACUCCUUCCACCACGACCAAUACUGCAGAUACCCUUUUAAGAUCACUUACAGACGCUGUUCCCCUUUCUGUUUUAAUCCUGGGUCUCCUCAUUGUGUUUAUUACCAUUGUCUUCUGUGCUGCUGGAAUAGUCGUUCUUGUUCUUCAUCGCAGGAGAAGGUGCAAAAAGAAACAAGUAGAUGAGCAAAUGAGAGAUAGCAGUCCUGUGCACCUCCAGUAUAGCAUGUAUGGUCAUAAGAUGACACAUCACACAACUGAAAGGCCCGGUGCAUCAAUGUAUGAGCAGCAUAUGGUGAGCCCAAUGGUUCAUGUCUACCGAAGCCCAUCUUUCAGCCCCAAACAUCUAGAAGAAGAGGAGGAGAAAAAUGACAAGGAUGGAAAUGACUCAAAGCAUCUCCAGAGAAGUCUCCUGGAAAGGGAAAAUAAUUCACCGCUCACAGGUUCAAAUGUGAAAUACAAAGCCACAGAUCAAUCAGCAGAAUUUUUAUCCUUCCAGGAUGCCAGUUCCUUAUAUAGAAACAUCCUAGAGAAAGAACGAGAACUUCAGCAACUGGGGAUCACAGAGUACCUGAGGAAAAAUAUUGCCCAGCUCCAGCCUGAGAUAGAGGUGCAUUAUCCAGGAACACAUGAGGAGCUAAAAUUAAUGGAGACAUUAAUGUACUCCAGACCAAGGAAGGUGUUAGUGGAACAGACGAAAAAUGAGUAUUUUGAGCUCAAAGCUAACUUACAUGCUGAACCUGACUACUUAGAAGUCCUGGAACAGCAAACAUAAGACUACACUUUGGGGGUUUGGGCAGGAAUGCUGUGAUUCUGUCUAAAGUCAGAACAUUGUAAAUAAAAGUGCCUUAAAAUAGUGUAUUAUAAAUCAGAACUUAAGCACAGCAGUAGUCCUGGGAUGGAAGGGUGUGUGGAGAAAAAGAAUGAAACUCAGGGAUCACUGGGAGAAGCCAUUGCAUUGUUUUUCAGGCGAUUUAUGUUACCCCAAAUAAAAUCAAACCUUGUAUGUAAUUAAUUAUGCAAGGAGGAUUAUCAUUCUUCUAGAUUUUUUAAAAGGUUUUAUGGGCAAUCUUCUUACAUACACUAUUUGGGAACUAAUCAUUUUCUGUUGAAAUCCUCUCCUCAAUUAUUUAGUAUGAAUUGGAGUAUAUCCCUAAGAUAUACCUAUACUGGCAAUUUAAAAGUUAAGAAGUAUAUUGAUUAGAUGUUUAGUCCAUCCACUAGAGGGGUAAAUAUUGUUUACAAUUGCACUUAUUUUCUCAUGUUGAGUACAGAACUGGAAUCUGAUUAGUCUAAAUAGUGACAGCAUCAAAGGAGAGAGGUAGCCAUGUAUAAAUCCAGAGGCAUGAAAAAUCCAACAUUUUUGGGAGCCAUUUAUCCAACACCACUGUGAAGGGUCUCAAUCAUAAACAAAACAGAAACACUGAAAGGUUUUUGGGGAAAGAACUAAAUCUCUUAUUUUUCUUCACAUAGUGGUUAUAUCCAAGUUUGGACAAUCUCAUUUUCAAUGCUGCUGUAAUCUGUUAUAUGAUCACUUGUGUUCAAUUUCAAUCCUCAGUCUGAGAAUCCACUGUAAAUAUAUUUAGUGCAAGUAAGUUUGGUUUCUUUCAUAGCAGUGGCUUCUGCGGUGGAUUUGAUUGUUCAUGAGAAAAUGAAUUUCACUGUGGCCAUCAAUUUAAAGGUGUAAAACAAAAACAGGGUUGUGGGUGGAGAUUAUUGUUUUCAUUUUAUUUGUAAAUAUUCAAGUCAACGGUUUGCCACAAAUGAGUAGCAAAAGACAUGGAUAAUGGUAAGUUGUACAAAGGAAUUAGAGUGUGGAGCACUGCAGCUUUAUUUUACAAGAAAAUAUAGCUAGAUUUCUAUAAACUAUUUAUUCUGUACAGUUUUGUAUAUAUUUUUUGGUUCACAAAAAAUAAUUAUUCUUGGGUGCCUUUCAAGGGAAUUACUCAGUAUAAAUAAAACUAAACUGAAAAAAAAGUCUUCUUAAAAUUUGCUUUUUUAAAAUUCACUCUGAUCUGCAACUCAAUAAAGUCAGGAGUCCAAAAUGAUGCUUCUGUCUGUUGUCAUGUACACAGAAGCAUCUUGUUCACAGUGUGCAAAAAGGCCAUUCAAUUUCUGUGCAUGAUUGACACUGUGCCAAACUGAAAAUCUGACCAGAAUUUUCCCCCUUCAGCAAAUCCUUUUCACAUUUAAUACACAUGUUGAUCAUUCCUAUUUUCUCUCUUCUGGUUGUCUAAUCUGUCAUGCAAUAGCAUUUCCUAGAGUAAAACAAGUAUCAGUGUUAGCUGCUCAGAGAUAUGCAGGGCUCUUGUCUCAGAAGCAGCCAACUUCUGUUUUCAAAUCAGCACACAGGUCACUGCAUGGUAGGAGAAAAGGGCAGUUUUGUUGACAUGCAUCAGUUAUUGAAUUUCUUUCCAAUGUUUAACUUAUUACUGUAUAUGCUAGAAAAUAUUUUGCUCUCAAGACUCAGUGUACCACUUUAGGCACAAAUGAAGCUUUCUCAAACUGGCUGAAAAGUGAUCAGAAUGAUAAGUCCACAAAGGGCUGAAUAAGCUGCAAAGGGUGAUGGCUAAAUAGGCAUUUAUCAUAAAAUCCCUUCCCUGCAUUGCUUUAACGAAUCAUACCAUUUUGAUUGAGAACAUAAUUUAGUCACCUUUUGGAAAUUUUUGCUUUAAAAUAUCAGUAAUCGCCUUAUAUACAGCUAUUAAGAAAUAGGACAGUAUCCUUUUUUUUAAUUAAUCAUUUGUUUGUUUUAAGAUCCAUUAUUUUCCAGAGGUUAGGCAAAAACAAAUAUAAUGGGAAACCCUUUAUUUAUUUUUGUAACACAAAUGUUUUCAAGGUAGAAAUGUGUGUGGCAUAAAUAAUGAUGACUAUAUUUAACAACAAAGACAACUAAGCCCAGCAGGCAAUAGUCAACACCCCACAGAAAGGUUAUCCCCCCUCAACCCUGUGCUCUCCCACACACAAACUCCCCAGCUCACUUUUCUAAACGCUGUAUAUUUCAAACAGCAGGACAAUGUAUAUGCAGAAUUCAGGCCUUUGCAUGUUUAUUCAUAAGUUGAGAGUCUGCCAAUACUUGCUGAUUCAAAACAGGUACAUAAAGGUACUUAGGAAGAUUAAUAAAAUUUCCAUGCCUGGAGGACCCUUGGAAUAUAUCCAUGGUGGCAGAUAGAGGCAUGUCCUCAAGAUCAUUUUUUUGAUGUUCUUGAGAGCUGUUGGGUUGGGAGGAAGAGGGCUUUUGCCAUUUUUAAUCUCACUUCUCUGUUUAUUUGCAACUAUUUUCACCAUUCACGGACAGUCAGAAUUAAAUGACUUUUUCAAACGUUUAUUUUUCUUAGGUAUAUGCUGAAUAUGCUGAACCAAAAUCUACUGAAUUAGCUUCAUAUCCCUCAUGUUUAAUACAAUAAAAAAUGCUUGAUAAUUUUUAGUAAAACUUAAAUGUAGAACUUAAAUAUUUCACCCCAAAUGUUGUAGUUUUCUUUAAAGUACUUUUUCUAUGCUUAUAAUAUUAGUGAGGAACAAAAUAGUACUGGGGUAUGUUGGGAUUUAUACUUAUGGGAACUUGAUUAAUUAAUUACUCUAGAAGAAAACUCAAACAUUUAAUUUCCUCUUCUCUCUCUUUCCUUACCUAUUUCUUCCUUUUCCUCUUAAUACAAAAUAUUUUACCAUAUUCUUCUGAAUCACAUAAUAUAGCAGUUAUUUCUACACAUGACUGAUGGACUGGAAUAGUAGUCAUCAAUCCUGCCCUUGGGCAAUAUGAAUUGGACUUUUGGCUGGCCCUAAUGUAUUUAGAGUUUGAAAUGGAAUUUAUACUUUAUAUCUUGUGUACACUGGACUGAAGUCUGCUUCAUGCCAAUACUACUGUGUAUGUGUGUUAGUGUAUAUAUGUCUAUGUAGUACGAUAAAUUAAUCAAAUUAA